GUAUGUGUGUGUGUGUGAGAGAGAGAGAGAGAGAGAGAGAGAGAGAGAGAGAAUGUUCCUCUCUGUGAAGCUGUUCACCAAAAUCUGAGCAUCUGCAGGACAGCACUUGUCCACUAGAUAUCUGGACAUCCCUCUGGCUUCAAACAGGAGCUGGUUAAAAAAGCGGCACUGUAGUGACUGUUCCUGCAUUUCUCUCUGAAGCAGAAGCUCAGCUGAUAGUCAAAAUGGGGAAUCGGGGGAUGGAGGAUCUGAUACCGCUGGUUAACCGGAUGCAGGAUGCGUUUUCUGCCAUCGGACAAAAUGCCAACCUGGACCUUCCCCAGAUAGCCGUGGUUGGCGGUCAGAGCGCUGGAAGCUCUGUCCUGGAGAACUUCGUGGGGAAGGAUUUUCUGCCCCGGGGCUCUGGCAUUGUGACUCGUCGCCCCCUCGUGUUGCAGCUGAUUAACAGUCCAACAGAAUAUGCAGAGUUUCUCCACUGCAGGAAAAAGUUCACUGAUUUUGAAGAAGUGCGUCAGGAGAUCGAAGCAGAAACAGACCGCAUCACUGGACAGAACAAAGGCAUCUCUCCAGUUCCCAUCAACCUGAGAGUCAACUCCCCUAAUGUACUGAAUCUAACACUGGUGGACUUGCCCGGAAUGACCAAAGUGCCAGUGGGAGAUCAGCCAGCUGACAUUGAGUUCCAGAUCAAAGAAAUGCUCAUGCAAUUUGUUACGAAGGAUAACUGCCUCCUGUUGGCCGUCUCACCUGCCAACUCAGAUCUUGCCAACUCAGAUGCUCUUAAGAUUGCCAAGGAAGUGGACCCUCAAGGUGUGAGAACGAUUGGUGUUAUCACUAAACUGGACCUGAUGGAUGAGGGUACAGAUGCACGAGAAAUCUUGGAAAACAAGCUUCUUCCUUUGCGUAGAGGUUACAUUGGGGUGGUAAACCGCAGUCAAAAAGACAUUGACGGAAAAAAGGACAUCACUGCUGCAAUGGCUGCUGAGAGGAAGUUCUUCCUCAGCCACCCUUCCUAUCGUCACCUGGCUGACCGCAUGGGGACGCCUUACCUUCAAAAAGUCCUCAACCAGCAACUGACCAAUCAUAUUCGAGAUACACUGCCAGGGUUGAGGAACAAGCUGCAAAGCCAGCUGUUGUCCAUUGAGAAGGAAGUGGAAGAGUACAAGAACUUCCGCCCGGACGACCCUUCCCGCAAGACCAAAGCUCUUCUUCAAAUGGUCCAGCAGUUUGCAGUAGAUUUUGAGAAGUGUAUUGAGGGAUCUGGUGAUCAGAUCGACACGUAUGAGCUGUCAGGCGGAGCCAGGAUCAACCGUAUCUUUCAUGAGCGUUUCCCCUUUGAACUGGUCAAGAUGGAAUUUGAUGAGAAAGAGUUGCGUAAGGAGAUCAGCUAUGCUAUCAAAAACAUCCAUGGUAUCAGGACUGGCCUCUUCACUCCUGAUAUGGCUUUUGAGACGAUCGUGAAAAGACAGAUAGCUAAGAUUAAAGAGCCGUGUCAGAAAUGUGUGGACCUGGUCAUCUCUGAGCUCGUCAAUACAGUCAGACAGUGCACAAAGAAGCUUGCUCAAUACCCAAUGUUGAGGGAGGAAAUGGAGAGGAUUGUCACCCAGCACAUCCGUGACAGAGAGAGUCGCACAAAAGACCAGGUGAUGCUGCUGAUAGACAUUGAGCUGGCCUACAUGAACACCAACCAUGAAGAUUUUAUCGGUUUUGCUAAUGCACAACAACGUAGCAGUCAGAUGAGUAAAAAGAAGGCUGCAGGAAAUCAGGAUGAGAUAAUGGUGAUCAGAAAGGGCUGGCUAACCAUCAAUAACAUUGGCAUCAUGAAGGGAGGAGCGAAAGAGUACUGGUUUGUCCUCACUGCUGAAACUCUGUCCUGGUACAAAGAUGAUGAGGAGAAAGAGAAGAAAUACAUGCUGCCUGUGGAUAACCUAAAACUCCGAGACAUCGAGAAAAGUUUCAUGUCUAGCAAACACGUCUUUGCCCUCUUCAACACAGAACAAAGGAAUGUGUAUAAGGAUUACAGGCAGCUAGAACUGGCAUGUGAGACACAAGAAGAGGUGGACAGCUGGAAGGCCUCAUACCUGCGUGCUGGCGUUUACCCAGAACGCAUUGUGGACAAAGAAAAGCAGAGUGAAAGCAGUGAGGAGAGCAGCUCGGACAGUUUCAUGCACUCCAUGGACCCUCAGCUGGAGAGGCAGGUGGAGACCAUCCGCAACCUUGUUGACUCCUACAUGGCUAUUGUCAACAAGACUGUGCGUGAUCUGAUGCCCAAGACCAUCAUGCAUCUUAUGAUCAUCAAUACUAAAGAGUUCAUCCAUGCUGAUUUGCUGGCUCAGCUCUAUUCAUGUGGAGACCAGAACACUUUGAUGGAGGAAUCGGCUGAACAGGCGCAGCACAGAGAUGAGAUGCUGCGCAUGUACCAUGCACUCAAAGAAGCCCUGAGCAUUAUCGGGGACAUCAGUACUACAACUGUGUCCACAUCCAUGCCACCACCAGUGGACGACUCAUGGCUACAGGUGCAAGGAGGACCUUCAGGAAGAAGAUCCCCAAUGUCCAGCCCCACACCUCAGCGCCGAGCUCCUCCUGGACCUCCUCGCCCAGGAGCUCGUGCUGCUCCUGGGCCUCCGGCUGCUGGAGCUCCACCUGUCCCCUCCAGACCUGGAGCCUCUCCAGACCCCCAUGGUGGCCCACCACCCCAAGUGCCCUCACGCCCCAACCGUGUUCCUCCAGGAGUUCCCAGCCGUCCAAGCAAAGGCAGCCCUUCUCAUGGGGAGAGCCCUCAUCCUUCGUUUGACUCGUAGAAACCCAUCUUUCCUCUCCCCCUCUCCACUGACUUUACUCUGACCAAGAGGACGAUAAUGUCUGGACAACAAGGACAGAUAAAUUGAUACCUAUCUAUCUAUUUGCUAUGAAGAUUUGUUUACAGUACUUAUUAUUCCUGUGUGAUUAGAUGUAGAGGGAUACUAGCAGGGAUUACAGAAGAAUGAACGAAUGAACCACACUAUUUCCAAGACGAAUGCCCCGUGUGGACUCAUAUCACGGUGUUAAGUCGAGUGUUAUUUGUAAUGAAGGUGCCGUGCAGUGUUUCUAUGUUUACACAAUAGAUAAUGUCGAUGUGUUCUGUAUUUGAGCUGUCACUAAAGAAAUUGCCUGCAGACAUUUUGCCUUGUUUGUCAUAUCACAGACACGGUUUACUGUACACUUGCUUUAAAGCCUCCAUCUGAGGCAGAGUUAAAUAUUCAGUGGUGCUGAAUGUUUUGUUAUAUCUAUCAGCCAUGUACGUGUAAUAAUUCUGUGUGCACGAGCAAAACCAGCAGCUCUAUCAUAUUUAAAGUAAUACAUCACUAAUGAAAGCUAUAGGAGUUAGUUAAUAUUAUGCAAUGAAAUCCUGAGGCUGGACUCCCUCUAGCUUUCUUUUCGUAUUAGGCAUCAUUUUUUGGUGAAGGAUUCACAUUGUGUGUAUAUAUAUAUAUAUAUAUAUAUAUAUAUAUAUGUCUGAUGGAAUCAUUCUUGUUGUCCAAAUUAUAAGAGAUUUAUGCUGCCCCACUUGAAUUUAUUCAAGCUUGACUAUAAUUAUUUCUUGGUUAGAGUGUGAGCUAAUCAGUAUAAAUGAAAGCAAAAUAUCCCGUCAACCCCCCACACAAAUGGGAGAAUGAGUAAAAUGCUGUUUCACACUAUUUUUAUGUGUUGUAGAAAGAUUUGUAUUGUGCUGGUGUGUGUUUGUGAUGCAUCUCUGGGAGUUUGUCUUCUAUUACUUUGUGCACAAUAAUUGGGUAGCUAAUAAAAAAGUGAAAGAAGCAACUGUAAACAGAAGAGUGAUCUGUGAUUUUCAAGUUGUUCUAUUUAAAUUGAAAAAAGGAAAUCUGUUUUGUGUCUUGUGCCUCAUAUGGCCUACUGUAUCUUAUUGCCAUUGGCCCAGCCUGAAAAACUGGCCAGUGCGUUGUGGUUUCAUUAAACUGUUGAAGAUGUUGA